AAACUCUUUGAGCACCAGAAGGAAGGCAUCGCCUUUCUCUAUAGCCUGUAUAAGGAUGGAAGGAAAGGGGGCAUCUUAGCAGAUGAUAUGGGAUUGGGAAAGACUGUUCAGAUCAUUGCUUUCCUGUCUGGUAUGUUUGAUGCUUCACUUGUGAAUCACGUGCUAUUGAUCAUGCCAACCAAUCUCAUUAAUACAUGGGUCAAAGAAUUUGCCAAGUGGACUCCAGGAAUGAGAGUCAAAACCUUUCAUGGCUCCAGCAAGGAGGAACGUACUAGAAGCCUGACACGGGUUCAACGAAGGAAUGGCGUCAUUAUCACUACCUACCAAAUGUUAAUCAAUAAUUGUCAGCAACUUGCAAGCUUUAAUGGACAAGCGUUUGUAUGGGACUAUAUCAUCUUGGAUGAAGCCCAUAAGAUCAAAAGUGCCACUACCAAGUCAGCAAUAUGUGUUCGUGUUGUACCUGCAAAUAAUCGCAUCCUCCUCACGGGAACUCCAGUCCAGAAUAAUUUGCAAGAACUGUGGUCCUUAUUUGAUUUUGCUUGCCAAGGCUCCUUGUUAGGAACAUUAAAGACUUUUAAAAUGGAGUAUGAAAAUCCUAUUAUCAGAGCAAGAGAGAAGGAUGCUACCCCUGGGGAAAAAGCCUUGGGAUUUAAGAUCGCUGAAAACUUAAUGGAAAUCAUAAAACCCUAUUUUCUCAGGAGAACCAAAGAAGAGGUGCUGAUGAAAAAGGCAGACAACCCAGAGGCCAGACUCAGCAAAAAGAAUCCAAGUGUUGAAGACAUGUGUGAGAUGUUUUCCCGCACCAGGAAAAAUGAUUUCAUUGUUUGGAUCCGUCUUGUGCCUUUACAAGAGGAAAUUUAUAGAAAGUUUGUGUCUUUGGAUCACAUCAAGGAGUUGUUGGUGCAGACACGCUCACCUCUGGCUGAGCUGGGUGUCUUAAAGAAGCUCUGUGACCACCCUAGGCUGCUAUCUGCACGAGCUUGUAAUUUGCUGAAUCUAGGAACUGCCAGAUCCUCUGCUCUGGAUGAAAAUGAGCAAGAAGAUGCCUCAGAUAUGGAUAGCAUUGAUCACUUAACGGACAAUACACUGAUGCAAGAGUCCGGAAAAAUGAUAUUCUUAAUGUCCCUGCUAGAGAGACUUCAAGAUGAAGGACAUCAAACUCUGGUGUUCUCUCAGUCGAGACAAAUUCUUAACAUCAUUGAGCGUCUCUUAAAGAAUAAGUGCUUUAAGACGUUGCGAAUUGAUGGCACUAUUACUCAUCUUUCAGAACGAGAAAGAAGAAUUAAGUUAUUCCAGCAAAAUAAAGAAUACUCUGUUUUUCUACUUACCACUCAAGUUGGUGGUGUUGGCCUAACUUUAACUGCAGCGACUAGAGUGGUCAUUUUUGACCCUAGCUGGAACCCUGCAACUGAUGCUCAAGCUGUGGAUAGAGUUUAUCGAAUUGGACAAAAAGAGAAUGUUGUGGUUUAUCGGCUCAUCACUUGUGGAACUGUAGAAGAAAAGAUAUACAGGAAACAGGUUUUCAAGGACUCCUUAAUCAGACAAAGUACUGGUGAUAAGAAGAAUCCAUUCCGGUAUUUCACCAAACAAGACUUAAGAGAGCUCUUCGCCAUCGGGGAUCUGUAUAACUCUGCAACCCAGAUGCAGCUUCAGUCUCUGCAUGCCGCUCAGCGGCGAUCUGAUGAGAGACUAGAUGAACAUAUUGCAUAUCUGCACUCGCUGGGCAUAGCAGGAAUCUCAGACCAUGAUUUGAUGUUCACCCGUGAUCUGUCUGUUAAAGAAGAGCUGGCCUUGCUAGAAGACUCUCAGUAUAUUAAACAGAGAGUUCAGAAAGCUCAACUCCUCGUUGAAUCUGAGUCUCAAAAUACAAUGGAAAGACAAAGAACUGGCAGCAAGGAGGCCUGGCUUAAACCACAGGAAUUUCCUUCACAACAGAAGAAGAAACGUCCUGAAUUGAAUAAGCCCCACCAGCCUCGACCUUCCCCUCUUCUGACUAUUCCUACCCAGGUAGAAGCUAUCAGUUCUCAAAUGGCUGUUAUAAACAUUUCUGAUCAGUCCGCAGAGAGUGAGCCCCCAGAGGCACGUGAUGUUACUUUGCUGCAAGGUACUCGGCACCACUACGAAAGUACGUUUGAUGCUGGUACUGUAGCUACUUCACCCCAGGGGGCUGGAAGUACAGGAGGAGUUUGGACUGACUCUUUAUCGGGACCUGCAAAAGAUUUUGCAGCUGAAAAUGAAGCUGAGCAGGAGGCAUUACAAGCAUUGCCUAGGCAAGAGGCCCUGCCAGAGAACCUCCUGGGAAGCUUUAAUGAUUUACCUAGACAAUUCAGCAAGGCUGAUCUUGGGCCAAAUUUAGAUCUACAGGAUAGUGUGGUUUUAUGUCAGCACAGUCCCACAGCAAAUGGAAAUCAAAACAUAGACUCAGAUGUACCCGUCGUUGAAAUAUCUGAUGACUUGUCAGCAUCCCCUAGUGCACUGCAGGGUGCUCAGGCGAUCGAGGCCCAGUCGGAAGUGAGGCCGCAGUUGGAGUUGGAAGAGGACCCUCUAGGAUCACCACCACAGUAUGCAUGUGAUUUCAAUCUUCUCCUGGAAGACUCUGCAGACACGAGACAGAAUCUCUCCAGCAAGUUUUUGGAAGAUGUUGAGAAAGAAAAUAGCUUGCAGAGUCCUGCAGCUGACUCCGGGGCAGAGUCAGCACUUAAUCUCAGUAAGGAAGAACAAGUGAUUAGUGUGAAAAAGAGAAACAAAGCUAGAAGGAUCCUCUCAGAUGAUGAAGAUGAAGAAGAAGCUUUUAAAAGUCCUUUCGGCACAAGUUCAUUUAGCCUGUCUCCCUUUCCAUUCUCAUCUGUGAAACAAUUUGAUGCUUCAACUCCCCAAAAUGACAACAACCCAUCUGGAAGGUUCUUUUCACCUAAAAUAUCUGAUAAUGUGAACACGUCUUUAAAUUCUAGGAGAUCUCUAGCUUCUAGGAGGUCUCUGAUCAAUGUUGUUUUAGAUGAUGUGGAAGAUAUGGAAGAAGGGCUUGAAAAUAACAGUGAGGAGGAGAGUGCUCCUGGUCUUUCAGAAGACAGCAGUGAAGAAGCCUCAGAAUGCGCAGAAGAGGAACCUUCUGGGGAAACACUGGCUUCCGAAAACAAGCCCAGCAGCUUGCCUGUGUCUGAGCCUUGUUCUCUGGCCCUGCAGAGCUCUCUGGCCCCUCAGAGCUCUCCCUGUGCCCCUGGACCUUUGUCAAAUGACCCUUCGGUUGAUCCUCCCCAGGAUCCAGCAGUGGAGGCUGCUAAUGACUAUGCAACUCUUGUAGCUCUUGGGAAAGAGUUGAAAGAGUGUGGGAAGAUACAGGAGGCUCUCAACUGCUUACUUAAAGCACUUGACAUAAAAAGUACAGAUCCUGAGGUCAUGCUCAUGACCUUAAGUUUGUAUAAGCAACUUAACAACUCUUGAGAACUUUAU